AUGUCUGCUGCCAACAAGCUCAAGAAUAUCGUCCCUCUCCUUGACCGUGUCUUGGUCCAACGCAUCAAGCCUCAACAAAAAACUGCCUCUGGUAUCUUUAUUCCUGAGAAGGCUCAAGAAGCUUUGAAUGAAGGUGUCAUUGUUGCUGUUGGUAAGGGUGCCCUCAACAAGGAAGGUAAGCACAUCCCUCUUCAAGUCAAUGCUGGUGAUAAGGUCCUUCUUCCUCCCUAUGGUGGUAGCCCUGUCAAGGUUGCCGGUGAGGAAUACCUCUUGUUCCGUGAUUCCGAGAUCCUCGCUAAGGUUGUCGAGUAA